AUGUCAAGAUUGGAUGCAAGAUGGUUCAUUGAUAUCUACGAGAGAAAAGUGGAUAUGAACCCUAUUCUUCUUGAAAUUGCUAAAUUAGAUUUCAAUCGAGUGCAAUCCAUCCACCAAGAAGAUCUUAAAUAUGCAUCCAGGUGGUGGAGGAGCACUAGAUUUAGCGAAAAGUUGAGCUUUGCAAGGGAUAGAUGGAUGGAAUGUUUCUUUUGGACCAUGGGUAUGGGAUUUGAACCUGAGCUCUCAUAUUUUAGAAGAACGGCCACAAAAAUUGGUGUAUUAAUAACGGCAAUAGAUGACCUUUAUGAUGUAUAUGGCACAUUAGAUGAACUUGAGCUUUUUACGGAAGCGGUAGAAAGGUGGAAUGUUGAUGCACUCGACCAGCUACCUGAUUAUAUGAAAAUAUGUUUUCUUGGUCUCCACAAUUCUGUAAAUGAGAUGGCUUUUGAAUUGUUGAGAGACAAAGGAAUUAAUGUGAUCCAAUACCUUAAGAAAACGUGGGUAGAUUUAUGCAAAUCUUAUAUCUUGGAGGCUAGGUGGUAUCACACCGGUUAUAAACCAACAUUAGAAGAGUAUCUAGACAAUGCAUGGAUUUCAAUAGGAGGACCACUUCUAUUAAUUCAUGUAUAUGCUUCCGAGACAUCUCCAAUGAUCCAAGACAUGGAGAGCUUGGAAAAACAUAUUGAUAUAAUUCGUUGUUCUUCCAUAAUUGCGCGACUUGCUGAUGAUCUUGGAACAUCAACGGUAUGA